GAUCUCUUUGUCUCGCCGCGCGCACGCAGGCACGGUGAUGAGAAAUGCAUGAAUAUGAAACAUAAACCACCACCAACACCGUGUAUCCACAACAUCUUAAUGCCAGCGGGUGUGACGUUUUAACCCAUCUCGUGGUGGUCAUCAUUUCCGCGCGAUUAAAGGCGCGUGCCAAACAUAGUCCAGGAGGAGCACGGAGGAGGAGGACAAGGGGGGUGUCUCGCGACCCGGCGCGUUCUCGCAGCAUACACAACAAGAAUUUGAUUUGUGUCGCUGUGCAAGCAGUAGGCGGAACCCGAACACUCUUCACAUCCCACUUUUGAGAAGAUUACGAGGAGAAUUCAUCGGGAAACACAUGACAGAAAGGCAGCCGGGAGGCAAGGCGCUCGGACGUAGCGGGACAGAGGCUGUCAACGCGCAGGCAGGCAGAGGCGAGCGGAGGCAGGAUUCGUGUGGAGAUAUUUGGAGUUGGAGGAGGGCAUUGGUACUUCUCUGAUCCACCGAGGGAAAUAAGAGCUUCACUUUCUCACAAGAAGUAGAAAAGGUCACAUAAUUUCAAGGGAAAAUUAUUAGCUACUGUAGCAGAUAUGAGUGAGGAUAAACCAGCAGAGACUGUGGAGAACACUCCAGCUGAGGCGAGUGCCAUUCCUAAUGGGAAAGGCCAUGAGCCUGGGGAGGAAAUCUCAGCAUCAGCCAAAACACCGCUCGCAGAGGACGGUGAAAAGGAAACUGUAGCCAAUAGUGCCCAGAAUGCUAGUCCUAACAGGACUGAAAAUGCAGACACCAAUCUACCAGAGAGCCAGGAGUUCUUAUCAGGCGUGGAGGAGAAGAAGACGACACGCUUUACAGAUUUUGAAGGAAAAACCUCAUUCGGGAUGUCUGUCUUCAACUUGGGCAAUGCAAUCAUGGGAAGUGGAAUCCUAGGACUUGCGUAUGCCAUGGCCAACGCGGGGGUCGUCCUGUUUUUGUUACUGCUAACAGUGGUAGCAGUGCUUUCAUCAUAUUCCAUCCAUUUACUGCUGAAGUCGUCUGGCAUUGUAGGCAUACGUGCAUAUGAGCAGCUUGGAUACAGGGCGUUUGGCACCCCGGGGAAGAUGGCGGCAGGUAUCGCCAUCACACUGCAGAACAUUGGAGCCAUGUCCAGUUACCUUUACAUAGUCAAAUAUGAGCUGCCUUUGGUCAUCCAGGCUUUUCUAAAGGUGGACAAACCUGCAGGUGAAUGGUACCUGAAUGGAAACUACCUUGUGAUCAUCGUAUCUAUUGCAGUAAUAUUACCACUGGCUCUCAUGAAACAGCUAGGAUAUCUCGGAUACACCAGUGGCUUUUCACUGAGCUGCAUGGUGUUCUUCCUCAUCGCUGUCAUCUACAAGAAGUUCAACGUCCCUUGUCCAUUUACGGACUUUUCAUUUAACGCUACCAGCACUACCAGCUGGAUGAAUGGCACAGAUCCUGGUGGGGAGGAAGAUCCUGCCUGUAUUCCCAAAAUGGCCAACCUCAACUCUCAAACGGCCUACACCAUCCCCAUCCUGGCGUUCGCCUUUGUGUGCCAUCCCGAGGUGCUCCCCAUCUACACAGAGCUGCGCAAUGCCACCAAGAAAAAGAUGCAGCAUGUGGCCAACAUCUCCAUUGCAAUAAUGUACAUCAUGUACUUCCUGGCUGCUCUUUUUGGAUACCUAACUUUCUAUGGUGCAGUGGAAGCAGAGCUGCUCCACACAUACAGCCGCGUUGACCCGUACGACACUUUGAUUUUGUGUGUGCGUGUGGCUGUGCUCACUGCUGUCACGCUCACUGUGCCAAUUGUGCUCUUUCCUGUAAGGAGAGCGAUCCAGCAGAUGGCGUUUCCUAAUAAGACAUUCUACUGGCCUCGCCACAUCGCCAUUGCUUUCGUUCUGCUCCUUUUCAUCAACCUCCUGGUCAUCUUUGCUCCCAACAUACUGGGCAUCUUUGGAGUCAUUGGUGCCACGUCUGCUCCUUGUCUCAUUUUCAUCUUCCCUGCUGUCUUCUACAUUCGCAUUGUACCCAAAGAAGAGGAGCCACUGCGCUCCUUCCCCAAAAUCCUGGCUGCCUGCUUCGCUGGGAUUGGUUUCCUGUUUAUGACAAUGAGCCUCAGCUUUAUCAUCAUCGACUGGACAACGGGGACCAGCAAAGCCAGCAGCGGUCACUAAGCACCACCUUCCGUUUCUUUUUUUAUUUUCAGGUUUUAUAUUGUUGAUUUAGUCUUGUGUUGUAAUUUUACUGUUUUUACUUUGAAUCACGGUUGAUGUUGAAGAUGCCCUCUCUUUCCCAUUGGAAGGAUAUUUUGUCCACAGAGUGUAGAGUUUGGGGGGAGGGCUCUCGGUUCCUCGGCAAGUGCUCUCGCUUUGACGUGGUUGUGUUACACUGCGCAUCCUGUCAAACGGUAACCGUAGAUCCAGGCCAGUAAGCUUUUGAGGAAGGCUCUUUGGGAAUUCACCGAGAGAGCAGGUGCAUAAGGACUGACGGUGACGCUGUGAGAAAGAUGUUAAAGCAAAUAGAAAAGCAACAAUGUAGAAAGCUGCCGUCUUUAUACACCUGCAACUAUGUUAGUUAUGAGCAUCUGCCCCUCUCACUACUCAGAUCUUAUCCUAAGAUUAUCUAUAGCUCUGCAAACUCUUACUUAGACUGUAAUAAGCAGCCCUCCUUUUUAACUGUUGAAUGAAAUUGAUUAAUCAACAAUUCUUUCAUGAUUCUCAUGGAUAUUAGUAUUAUUAUUAUUAUUGAAGUUAUUUAAAUAAUUAAAUAUGAUUCAUUAUGUGCAAUUGCAGAAAAAAGUGAUAGCAAAAGUGAUAGUACUGGACUGAUAGAAAGAAUAAUUCAGCAUCUUUGGACCUACUUACAGAUAGAUAGCACACCUAUAUCUUAAUAGUAAACAUGUAUUUACAGCCAGUGCACAGUGAGUUUAUUUUGGCACAAAGACUUCAAAAUGUUGAAUUAUUCCUUCAAAGUGUGCUGCCUUUAGUUCCCACUUCCUUAACCUGUACUGCUGCUGAUAUUUUUUAUGUUUUUCUGGAGGGGGGGAGUUAAAAUCCUCACCUCUGACAGAGCAGGGUGCAAAACCACAAAAUAUAUGGCACAGUCAGCACAUUUACUAUGAGAUUCCUACACAACAUAUACUAGAUGUAUAUUUUUUAUUAUUAAUCUCUACUUGAUGAAAACCUCAGAUGAUGCAGUAUAGACUAAAAGCUUGAUCCUCAGCUCCUGCUAACUGAGGCCAGCAAUACCAGAGAGAGAGAGAGAAAGGGUUUUAGCCAGGAGCCUUUUCAGUGGUUUUCGGGUGUCUGGGUUACACAUUAUGUGAAAGAACGCCUACUGCGCAAAGACGUUCUCUUUUCCAGUGUUACUGUGUAAAUCACUGUCACGAAUGGUACCAGAAAACUCAUCUGCAAGAUUGUACAGACCGAAGUCGGAAAUGAAAUUGGAUAAGAUUUGAUUGUUACUUAGAAAAAGAAAAUUGGGAUGUGUUGUAUUCGGAACAUUUUACCUGAAGGAUUCGGAGAUAACCAAAAUGUCUAUAAAACAACGACAACAGGGUCACUUUGUGAAGUGGUUAGUAAACAUUUGAGUGUCCAGCACAAGCCUGAUCUCUAACAGAACGACAGGGGUUUUCUUUCUCUUUACCACUCUUGAAAAGUCGCCGCUUAGCAAUAGCACUUUUCUUUGAUAAGCACAACUUCUUGUAGCAUUAAUACAGCGAAAGGCAAACACAAUAUAUUCGAUAGACGUGAUUUUAAGGCCAUGUCCUCUGCAUAACUAAAUCUUAAUGUAAUGUAAGUGAUGAAUAAGUAACGUGUUGAUGGUUGUCAGAAACUACUUGAAACGACUGCAUUAAAGUUAGCUUCCCUGUAAAGCCCCUGUAAUCAUUUUCAGCUCUCGUCUGUUCUUUAAAUGCAACGGCUAAUUUGUUGGAUGUAUUCUUGGAGGUUUUUAAGUGUCUGUGUUUAAAAAAAAGAAAGAAAAAUCUAUAUGAUCUAUAUGACCUGUAUGCAUUUGUGUUGUUUAACCUGCACCUAUACUCUGAUCAGAAAUCCUCUACCAUUGAUAUCCUAACUGUUGUUUUAAACUCCAUGUUUUAUGUAUAAGUUGAAUCUGAUUCAGUGAUGAAACACACGAUUAUUGCUUUUGUUUUGUUUUUUCUUACAUUUGUAGUCAGUGGUAUUUUAUCAGUGGUGUGGUCGGGUCAUGUCUGACUUCCUUGCUGCUUCCUGAGAGUUGUUAGUGAGCUGCCUACAAUUUCAUUUCUUUUGGUUUUUUUUCAUCAUAAUUUUUUUUUUACACCACACUACUAUAAGUGCUGUGUGGGUAACUUUAUAUGUUCUAUUUGUUAUGCAACAAACCUCUUUUAAUCCAUUUUUAUUAAAUAUUGUCUAGCUGUGAUAUGUAUUUAUGUAUCUCUGUGGGGAAGAAGCAUCUGAAUCAGCCACCUGUGCAUAACUUAGUGUUUGGUAUUGUUUAACCAAUGCAAUGGUUAUAUUUAUCUCCCGACAUCAUGUUUUAUCAGCCAUGUAUGUAAUGUGACGCCAUUAGGUAAAUACAGUGAUAAGAGUUUAUAAAUGGUGCCCACGCACAAAAGCCUCACAACAUGCAAAAAAUACACACAAAAAAAACGAAUGAGGCAUCAACAUGAGGGGGCUACACUGUGCUAGUGGUUGAUACCAGAUGAUCUCUGAGGACCUCUAUUUAGAUCGAAGAGUCGUUAGUCUUCUCCUUCUCUCCCUCUGUUUGAUUUUUGGAAAUGUGUAUGACUGAAUAGUAACAUAUUAAAUAUUGACAUCAGCCAGCAUCAUUUAUAAAUAAUGUAUAUAAAUGUAUACCCUUUAUAUUCUAUAUUCAUAUCUAGUUUGUAUAAUGUAAAUAGCGAUUAAAGUUUUAGUUCGAUUAAAAAUGUAAAUGUAAUCAUUUUCAAAGUGCUUUUAAACCUUUUUGUCCUUCAAUCCAUGUCUAUUUUCUGGUAUCUCUAUAUAUUUUAAUAUGUUGCUGGCAGUUGUUGUACUGUAAAACAAUGUUGCAAUAAAGAUAAAGGGUAACAUGA